UCUGAUUUGGUAGAGAUUACUAGCAUAUAUGAAUUUCCGAUUGUGUGCAGGGGAUCACAAGAGCAGCAAUCACAGGAUGGUUCCUCACAGUCACAUUCAUGGUAUCCGCCGUCGGUGGUCAGUUCACCAACUUCAUCCAGGCCUGUUACACCGACUGCAUCUUCUUCUUCAUUGUCGCAGAGGCCCUCAUCUCAUGUUCCACCUUCCAAAGCUGUUGCAGUUAUUGCCAUUUUGAAGGACAAGAGUGUUGAUGAGUUGCAGAAGUUUUUAUCUGACAAAGAUGCGUAUCAACAAUUUUUGCAUUCGCUUGAUCAGGUCAACAUUCAAACUAAUGUACUUUCCAAUUAACAAACCUUCAACUUGUGAAUGGUGGCCAUGAUCAUAAAGGUUACUAUUCACUUCCUAAUUCCAAAGCCACAAGGUAAAUAAUGGUACCAUAUAUUACCUUUAAACAUGUACAUGCAUCAUUAAUAAUUAUAUUUCUUUAUAAGUUUGCAAUGGCAAAGUGCUAUGAGUUGUUAUAUGAAUCCAUAUGACAAGUCAAAGUGGUUAAGUCUAAAUUGUUUCAAGUAUAUAUAGAUAUGGUGCUGACUCAAUUUAUCAUCUAGUAUUGUGGAAGGAAGCUUAAAUUAUGCAAUUAAAGGUUGAUGAUCUAUUGAAAUUAUUCAUGUCUGCAAGCAAAAUUGUAAGCAUCAAUAUUGUCAUGCAGUUUUAUGAGUCUAAUUUUAGAAUUGAGUCAUGUUUAUGUCUACAAGUGUUUUUUCCUCCUUUUACUCUUAAAUACAUGCUCACAAGAUAAAAUAUCCCAAUCUUUUCUUGAGUUCAAUUAUUCAUUCGGAACUAAAGGAUAUUAAUGUCAAGAAGCCAAAAACUGACCAAACGCUAUGAGUUCAUUAAUGUAAUUUUUCCAAGUGUUCUCUUUAACCUAUUUUCUUUAGUAUGCUACUACAUGUAAAAUGGUACAAGAUCCUUUUACAAAUAUAAGAUUAAGGUAAGGGACCAACAAGAGUCAUUACAAAAUCAAAGGAAAUUACAGGUAUGCUCCUUGUGAAGGUGUUUGAAAGACUAGUAACAUUGAAUUAAAUUUUAUAUGUUGUACUUGCUAAAUGGGUGAGCAAACAGUUAUUGAGUUAAAAUUUUUUGCCUUGCUAAAUCCAAUUAUAGGUCGGUACAGGUGCACGUUUGGAAAAAAUUCGAACAUACAAUUAUAAGGUACUCAAUGUUGCUGUCUCAAAAUAUUUUAACGUAGUUACACACUCACACUCAUGAGUCUCUCCAAUCCCCAUCCAAAAUUGAAUGAGUUUCUAUACAUUGUAAUUUUAUUCAUGACAAUUUUUCCCUUUAUAAAUUCUAAGGUGAGCAAUGCUAAUGUUAUUCCAUUAGAAAAUAGAAGAUAUGUGAAAGACAUGACAUAAUAAGCAAUUAAUUAUUUUUAAGAUUUUUGAUAAUCAUGUUCAUUGAGUGAAGUGAAUAAGAUUCAACAAAGUAGAGUUAUGUAGUUCCUAUUAGAAUAGUGGUUCGAGGUAGAACAUUGCUAUGUCCUAUUAAAUUUUCAUUUUGUCUUGAUGAGAUUAAGAUUGUUUGUGGCAGUUUAUGUCACUUCCAAAUUUUUCUUAUCAGGACAACAGGGUUACUGACCACAAAUUGAAGAUAAACUAUGAGCUCACCUCUUUUCUUGUGUCAAAUUACAACCUUGGUCAUUUUUGCGGUUCAAACUGUAUAAUAUUGCAUUAUUACAAGGUUUUGUUGUACCAAAAGAAUCUCAGAAUAAGGUUGCAAAAUUUCCAAUUUUAUGGACACCAGCACAUCUUAGGCAUAGUGAUGUUGUUAUAGCUGCUAUCACCAGUUGUAUAAAUACUUCAAAUCCUAGCGUAAUGCUUGGAGCUGCAUUGGUUGCAAAGAAAGCAUGUGAAUUGGGAUUGCAGGUCAGUAGAUGACUCUGCAUUUUGCACCUUCAUCAUUAUAACUUUAUGAUUUUACUCAAUUAUGAUAUGCUUGGACAAAUUAUAUGCAUAAAUCCAAUAAGAAGGUUGUCCCCUUGUUAUGCUCCAGUGCCAUAAUUGGGCUAUAUGAUAUAGUGUUGACAAACAAACAUAAUCUGGGUUUGUCUUGGCUAAUGCAGCACCUCAUACAACUUAGCAAUAUCAGGCCAUCCAAUUUGGUGCUGUUAAGGAUGAGCUCAAUCGCCCUACAAUCAAAGUGAAGAACUCUUUGAUAUUCAAUGCAUUUGUUCUUUGUCAAGU